AUGUUAUCUCCACCUGUAAAUCUUGACGCUCCUCGUUGGGAUCAAAGCACAUACGCCGGCCGUGUCCAGCACUUCUUUGCUACCACCAAUCCACUUAAUGUGCUGGCUAGUGACGCUGAUCUUGACGCCGCCAAGAAGCUCGUUGAGGAGUACAAGGCCGGUCAACACCCGCAUGUGAGUGAGGACGAAAUCUGGCGCGCCAAGCAGCUCGUAGACAGCGCCUUUCAUCCAGACACUGGCGAGAAAAACAUGCUCAUUGGCCGCAUGGCUUUUCAAGUACCGGGCAAUAUGGUCAUCACUGGUUGCAUGAUGACCUUUUACCGCUCAACACCUGCUGUCAUCUUCUGGCAGUUCAUGAAUCAGACCUUCAACUCAAUCGUCAAUUAUACUAACCGUAAUGCCAGCACGGGUGUCAGCCAGGAGCAGCUGUUACAGGCCUAUGCGGCUGCCAGCACGGCGUCUGUGGCCACGGCAUUAGGGCUCAACCGCUGGGUGGCCAAGCGCCCCAAGCUCAGCAAUAGCAUCGUCGGUCGUCUUGUGCCCUUCGUUGCUGUGGCUGCUGCUAAUUGCGUCAACAUUCCGUUGAUGCGACAGCGUGAGUUGCUGGGCGGUAUUGAAGUGGAGACUGCAGAUGGAGAGAAGAUAGGCAAGAGCAAGCGUGCGGCAGUGGAAGCCGUAGCGCAAGUGGUACCCUCGCGUAUUCUCAUGGCUGCGCCCGGCAUGUUUUUCCCACCUCUCAUUAUGAACAAGCUGGAAAAGCGCCCGCUAUUUCGCAACAAUAAGGUGGUCAAUGCUCUUACGAUGGUGGGACUGACCGGGGGAUGUCUGGUUUUCUCCACACCGCUAUGCUGCGCGCUGUUUCCACAGCGCAGUUCCAUUGCUGUGUCUUUACUUGAGCCGGAACUGCAGCAGACUUUUCAUCAGCGCACGUUCAAGCAGUAUUCAACGAGUGCGGAUCCUAUCACGCACGUCUUCUACAACAAAGGUCUGUGA